AUGUCUACUUAUGAUCAGGUGGAGAUCGAAGAUAUGACUUUCGACGUCGAUACUCAGACGUUCACAUAUCCUUGUCCCUGUGGUGAUCGUUUUCAGAUUUUCAUAGAUGACAUGUACGAUGGUGAAAAUAUCGCUGUGUGUCCAAGCUGUUCCCUAAUGAUUGAAGUUGUCUUUGAGAAGGAAGAUCUGACAGAAUAUUACGAAGAGGCCGGUAGUCAACCACCGGAACCGGUGGCUGUUGCCAGUUGA